AUGACUGAGGAUCAACUUCUUCACAUUCUUUCUUUGCCACAGGUUCAUGUAAAAGAUAUCAAAGCGACUGCUGCGAAAUUACAAAAAAUUGUGAGCGGUGGACCAGAUCAGCUGAUGGUAAUCUCUGACUUUGACUUCACAUUGUCGAGAUUUGUCGAUGAAAAUGGGAAGCGCUGCUCUUCGUGUUAUUGCGUUUUCGACAACGCUGUCGGAAAUGAUGAUCCAACAUGGUGUGAGCGGUUUGUUAGUCUUUAUCAUAAAUAUGGUCCGAUCGAACACGAUCAUUCGCUGACAAUUGAGGAGAAAGUUCCUUUUAUGGAAUCUUGGUGGACCCAAUCGCAUAAUUUAAUAAUUGAAGCUGGGUUCAAUAGAAAAGAAAUUGAUAACUAUGUUUCGAAAUGCAAAAUUAAGUUAAGAGAUAACGCUGAUGCUAUGAUGAAGGGAAUGUCUGCAUAUAAUGUGCCGUUCAUUAUUUUCUCCGCAGGAAUCGGAACAAUCAUCGAAAUGUUCUUGCGACACAAGUUUGGAAAAAUCGAGGACAAUACGCACAUUGUGUCAAACAUGAUGAAUUUCGACGCGAACGGCGCUGUCAGCUCGUUUUCCGAACCCCUGAUUCAUGUAUUCUGCAAAAACUCGUCCGUCAUUCCCAAGGAUACAACGUUCGCGCAUCAAAUUCAAGGAAGGAAAAAUGUUAUUCUGAUGGGCGACAGCGUUGGCGAUGCAUUUAUGGAUGUUGGGGUUGAAGAAGAACAGCUCUCUCUGAAAAUUGGUUUCGUGAACCAUGAUGUGGAAAAACUCGUUCCGAAGUAUCUCAACUUCUUCGAUAUUGUUCUUGUUGAGGAUCAAACAAUGAAUGUUCCAAAUAAAAUUCUUGAAGCAAUUUACGCUGCAAAACCAUAA